AUGGGCACCACCGUCCAGUCGAUUGCAGGAAGGGCCACGCAAAGUGACGGCCACCAAACCGCCGCAGGCCGUACCCCCUUUUUCAACCACCGACCUGGUAACUGGCCUCAACAAGCUUCGCAUGCUCCGGAAGGGCCCGAACCAUCUUUUGGCGGUCCCACACCAAAUGGCCCUACGGGUUACGCCCACGGCCAAACCCAAGCAGCUCCUUUCGAUCCUAAUGCGCCCAGCCAGCUUCGACAGUCGCAGCCACCCAACAGCUCUGCGCCUGCGCCGCCUGGCCCUCCAGGGCCACGAAACGUGCAUACCCCUACCCCGUCUGCUGCUGCUGGAGCCGCUGCAGUCGGCGCUGCCCAGUUAGCCAACCAGGAGAAGCGAGGUCCUGUUGAGUUUAACCAUGCGAUCAGCUACGUUAAUAAAAUCAAGAAUCGUUUCCAGGAUAAGCCCGAGAUUUAUAAGCAGUUCCUUGAGAUCCUUCAAACCUACCAGAGGGAGUCCAAGGCCAUCGCCGAUGUUUACUCCCAAGUCACCGCUCUCUUCCAUACUGCGCCCGACCUGCUAGAAGACUUCAAGCAGUUCCUUCCAGAGUCUGCUGGCCAAAAGACGACGCCUGGACGAGCGGGCGAAGAAGCUGCCGCGAUCGCAGGAGCUAUGCACACACCACAGCCUGCUCUCGGCGGGCCCAAGAUGCCACCUCUCGGGAGCUUUGCCCCCACCGAGCGCAAGCAAAGAGACUAA